AUGAAUGUCAAUAUCGACACAUUCGUCGUUCGAUCCACCGAGUAUUCCGUCUCCACCGCCGAGACCGCCAAGAGCCACCGCCGCCGCGCCACUGCCGCCGUGCCACGACCGCCGUACCACCACCUCAACUGCAAAUCGAACGGAUCAAUUAGAGUUUUGAAACACGAUAUUAUAUCAGGAAUGGGAGAAAUCAAAAUGGACAAAGUGUGUAUUCUUGGCUUGAUAUCGAUUAUGAGCCAGCUCAAGCAAAGGUCCAUCUUGCAGAGGAGAGGGCACAUAGUCGGCAACAUAACUUGUGCCGGAGGAAUUUACUAUUUAUCUACAGUUAAGGGUAAUAAAAAUAUAUGCAACGGGAGAAGGCUGAGGUUCUCAAUGAGAGAGGGAAUAUCCAAAAAGGAAAAAAAUGUAACUGCCAGAAAAAAGAGUGAGCAGGCACAAGAUAUUGCGAGCAUUGUUAUCUGCGAAGGUUUGAGGAGGUCUAAAAUCUUGAUACUAGAGGCAUACAUUUUAUAUUAUGACGAUGUGGUGCAUUGGGAAUUGACUAAGGAGCUCUAUGAAGGUCUACAAGAUCCUUUCUUCUCCCAAUACAUCGGUCAAUUAGGAUAUCAUCAGACAGCUCUUGCAAAGUAUCAAAACCUCCACUCCCCUAAACAACAAUUAUUUUCUUUGGACUAUCUAAGCAUAGGAGUAACUAAGAGUUCAAAAUUCAUGCUGAAAAAGACUGCAGAAGUCAGUGACAACCGGGCUGUCACCAUCUACAAAAUGAAGUGUUAA